GUAGAAUCUGCUGGUGGAGAACUCAGAGAUUGCAUAAUUGCUGAGAUAUUGACAAAUGCAGUGCAACUAUCAGAAGAUCAAUAUGGCAACUAUAUGGUGCAACAUCUUUUGGGACUGAAGUUACCAAGAGUUACAUAUAUUUUAAUUGAUAGGCUUCAAGGAAACUUUUUGACUCUCUCUUGCAAUAAGUACGCUAGUAAUGUUGUUGAGAAAAUUAUCCUCGAUUCAAGAAAAAAGCACUCAACGAGAAUUAUCACCGAGCUGCUCAGUAAUCCAAGUGGUUCAAUGCUACUGAUGGACCCUUAUGGUAACUUUGUCAUCCAGUCAUCACUGCAAAGAGCAAAGUGUGCUGGUGCUCGGGAUGACAAGGGGAAUGAUAUUAUAAGGGACUACUACAGUAGUCCACUUACUGCAAGUGGCAACACUCGCGAUGAUAUGUUACUUGCCAAACUUGAGACUGUCAAUACUGGUUUUGGUGACCCUGGUUCUUCAGUGGUCAGAUUCAUAAUAUUCUGCCAGAUUCCUUGUCUAGCAAUAGGCAUUAGAGGCAGAACAAUGAGCUCUGCAGUUUGA